UUGGGGGAAAAUGGAGAUGGUUAGUGGAGAUCAGCCGACCGAUGACGCUCCGGUGACGGAGCAAGCUUCUCUCGACGAAGAAACUGGACUGGAAGAACCUAUGGGGCAGUUGUCGGUUGGCACUGAAGCAGGAUCGUACCCUGAACGGCUUAACGAGCCUGAUUGUAUUUAUUACUUGAGGAACGGAAUCUGUGGCUAUGGCUCUCGUUGUCGGUUUAAUCAUCCUCGUGAUCGGAGUUUGGCUGUGGGAGAAAGAAGAGCUACUGGAGGAGUAUACCCUGAGAGAGCUGGCCAGUAUGUUUGCCAGUACUAUAUGAGGACGGGGAUGUGCAAAUUUGGUGUUUCCUGCAAAUACCACCAUCCAAGACAGGGAGGGGAAUCUCCAAGCCUGGUGAUACAUAACAUUUAUGGUUACCCGCUGCGACCGAAUGAAAAGGAAUGUUCGCACUAUAUGAAAACAGGGCAGUGUAAAUUUGGCAUCACCUGUAAAUUUCACCAUCCACAGCCAGCUGGUGUGCAAGUUCCAGCACCAGCAGCUGGACCUUUUCCUUUGCCAGCGGCUGUUCCACCGCCAGCCACUUAUCCAGAACUGCAACCUCUUCCUGUUGAUUCAGCUGAACAAUAUGGAAUGGUUACUGGCAACUGGCCAGUUAUAAGGCCUGCUCAGCUUCCAGGUUCCUAUAUUCCUGACACAUAUGGUCCUAUGCUUUUUCCCCCUGGAAUGGUUCCCGUGUCGGAUUGGAUUCCUUAUCUGGGUUCUACUAGUCCAGUGCCAUACCAAACUACUCAGUCUGCAGCUGGAGCAGGUCCAGUGCCAUGCCAAACUUCUCACUCUGCAGCUGGAGCAGGUCCAGUGCCAUCCCAAACUACUCAGUCUGCAGCUGGAGCAGGUCCAGUUUAUGGUCAUACACAACUAUCUGCUUCAGCACCUGCCUACGCAAGCCCAUAUGUGUCUCUUACUGCUUCUCUUGGUGCUUCAAGCAGCAUCCAGGAUGGACUUGCAUUUCCAGAAAGACCUGGGCAGCCUGAAUGUCAUUAUUACAUGAAGUAUGGGGAUUGCAAAUUUGGAUCUUCAUGUAAAUACCAUCAUCCACCUGAGUGGAGUGGAUCAAAGGCAGCUCUUAUCCUCCGUGCUAUGGGUCUUCCUCCCGACCUGUAAGCAACUUGCCAUCUAAUCCUUAGAUUGAAAUUCUUCACUGCAAUUUAAUGCUUUAUCUUUUGGUCUUGCUUGUAAGUUUAUAUUAUAACAGGUCAUCUACCAACAUUCCCUUAGUGUUUCUAAGUACAAAUUUGCAAUUUCCUGUUCUGUUGGAAAAUUAUUGACAAUAAA